GACCGAUUCCAGCUAACAACCAAACCAGGAAGUGAUAAUGGGAUUCCACCAAUGUUCUCGCGAACCCCGCAGUUACGGGGAUCAGCUCCCUCGGAAUCGACCAUGUUAAUGCGCUCGGGAAUACGAUCGAUUAGAUUGCGUGGCAUAAAGCAGGAAUUUUUAAGAAGGGCUGUCCGGCCUUCACGGUACCUCAGGUCCCACAGGCGAUGGAUGUGCUGCAGGAACGGGCCAUCGAAAGGGGAACCCACCUUAACAUUGUUGAAGUACUCGCUGCGGUUCACGGCCUUGACAUCAAGCCUGCAGAGCAUUUCCAGAGGCAAAAUGCUUCUCUCGCUAUUAGGUUGGCGGAAACCGUGCUCACAAGGCUCGGGGUUGCCGCCGCCGAUGAUUGCUGCGAGUUCGACAGACUUCCUGCUUUGUUUGGACAAGGGCUUGAGAACCUGGAUUGGAAAGGGAGAUGCCAGACCUUGGUCACGGGUCAGCAGCACUGGUAUCUGGAUGGUGCUCACACCCACGAGAGCCUUGAAGUCGCCUGCUCUUGGUUUGGACGGGUAUCAGGGACCAAAAACCUGCCGCGGGAGCUAAUCUUCAACCAGCAGCAUUCAUCGAGGGACCCUAUCGCGCUACUCAGAACUGUUCAUCGUAUUAUAUACACCAAGCUUGGUGUUGUCUUUCAAUACGCGGUUUUCUGUGCGAAUAACACGUACACAGACCAGUCUUGCAAUCUUGAAGUCGAUUACUCACAAUGUCCAUCCUGAUGCACUUCAGGGACUGAUCCUACAGAAGAAGUUAGCGACAGUCUGGAAAGAACUAGAUCCUGACUCGGAGGUGACGUGGCUGCCCUCGAUUGAAGAUGCCGUUGACUAUGUCAAAGAGAUUUACAAUGGAGCUUUGAAGGAGCCAGGGGCUGAGAUUUUGGUUACGGGUAGCUUCCAUCUGAUUGGGGGGUGGGUGCUGUCACUUAUAGACGGAGUGCCAAGUAUGUUGGAGACAGCUGUGGAGUAUUAACUAGGCAGUAGUAGGAGUGAGUGGUGUUAUUACCAUCAUCGACCAUUUUCUU